AUGGAUCACACGCAACUAGACAAUCCUCGGCCCGACACUGCCAGUAACUAUCCUCGCCCCGACGCUAACGCCGCCGGUAACAAUGCUUGCCCCAACGCUAACACCGCCGGUAACUAUCCUCGCCCCGACGCUAAUGCUGCCGAGACAUGGCUCAGGCUGCCGUCGGCUCAAACGAUGCAAGAAUUGGAUUCCCUUCAUGAUCUCCUCGUUUUCUCCCAUAGCCCGUUGCCAGAAUCUCAUCCCGCUGGUGGAAUUGAUACGCGUCCGCCGCCUGGAUCACAUGACCUGAGCGACAUUCUCAACGUUGCCAAUAUUCCUUGGCCGGAAUCUCAUCCCGAUCCCCGUAGCACUAUCACUAUUGACAAUGUGCAUCCGCUGCCUGAAUCUGGUUACCUUCACAACAACAACAUCCUCGAUUUGGCCAAUCGCCCACAGCUGGAAUCUCGUCCCAUUUUCACGGCCACCGAGACGCAUCCGACGCGUGUUCAAAAAAAGAGGCCAAGCGGCAAAAACCAGAUCGGAAAUUCAGCAAGAAAAAAGAAGAAAGCCUCAAGCGAUGAGACUAGUGAUCUUGCUUUUGAAAUCAUCAAUUCUGAGUGGUCCAUUGAAAACGAAAGACAAGUUGGCACUAUUGACAAUAUGCAUCCGCUGCCUGUAUCAGGUCGCCUUCCCAACAAUAAUAUUCUCGAUUUCACCAACACACCACUGCUGGAAUUUAGUCCCAUUCUCACUUCCACCAAUAUGCACCCAACGAGUGUUCGAAAACUGAGGCAAAAGCGUCAAAAAAAGCUCAAACCUUUACCGAGAAAAAAUAAGAAACCCUCCAGUGAUGACACUGCUCCUGCGUUUGAAAUAAUCAAUUCCAUGCGGCCAGUGGAAAGCGAAAUACGAGUCAUCUUUGAAGCAAUCCGAAGCUUGAAAAAAGUCAACGGAGACAGAUUCAUAGGAAGUGAACAGGAAGGCGAAUACAAGAUGCUUAAGAUAGAGGAAGAUCAAGUUUUCAAACGAAACGCAGACGUCUAUAAUCAAAUCAGAAAAGUUAGGUCGCCAGGAACCGCACAUAUCGAUUUUGACAAACAACAUAAAGCAAGAAGGUGGGGUGCCGUGAAACGAUUCAUGGAUGAAGCCAACAGUAGCAAUCUAGAAUUGUGGUCGCUCUACACUGAUCGGGUUGUCCCGCAGUUCGUACAUCUUAAAAUUCAGCUUCAAGAAAAAAUCAGGAAGAAUCACUCUGGACCAUCGGAACAAAGUUUACUGGACGACUUGGAACACACCCUGAAAAUUCUACCAGUCUAUUUGUUCUACGUAGAUAUAAUCAACACACUCAUUCCAGCCCAACAGCCGCACAAACCGUAUCAAGGGUACCCUGCCCCGAAUACAAACCAGUUGCCUUCAAACCCAAACCCCAUCCCUCAAAACCCCUAUGUGGGGUACCCUCCGGCUCAAGUAAACGGGCCUGGUCUUCAAAACUCUCCGGGAGGUGGUGCUGCCCAACCGCCUUUCAAGCGGCCACGCUACGAGGCCAAUAAUAACGGCGCAGGAUAUGGAUCCCCCUCUCAGCCCAACCCGUAUCCGCCCUCCGCACCUCAACCCAACUCUAACGCGCUCCCAUCUGCGCCAACACCGCUACGAAACAAUAACAAUCAUCAUAAUCAUAACAACAAGAUGAAUCACACUCCCACUGGUACUAUGCGAAUCGGUGCCAGUACCAACAAUACUCGUGGCGGAUUCUCUGGCAGCAGACCUCCCCGCUCUACUGGCCCGUUUGGUAACAACUCACCCAUUCGCUUAAACUUGGGCCCCGGUGGAGGAACUGGCGGCUACGAUCCUGGCUCUGCACCUCACUUCGAACCUCCCCCUGCCAUGGCCCACCCGCUGCCAUCUUUUCAUCAGUCCCCGCAGGCGUCGGGCAAUCACUAUCCCCCAACCUCAUAUAAUAACGAGGCUCACUUCCCGCCUUAUGCGGCUAACGCGGGCUACCCCUCUUCAAACAACAACGAUCCAUCGAACCCAGCCAUGGGUGGCCAUUCUCGUGGAAACAACAGCUUUCAUUCGGAUUUCAGCCCUGGCGGUCCGAGCUACAAUGGCGCCCCCCCUCAGACUCCAAACGACCCUUACCGAGGCCCAGGCGGAGGUCCAGCUAACCAUGCUCCUGGCUCUCAUCGGUCGGGCCGAGGGGGCUUCCGCGGCAACUCUGGAAACUCGAUGUCUGGCGGUCGUGGCCCCCGUGAUCGAAACGAAAUGGGUGGUGGCGAGGCGAUGAAUCCUCGCGGGAAUAGACCUUACCCAAACCAGUCUUACGGACCGUCGGGCAAGUCUGAGAGAAAUGGUCCAGGAAACCGAUCGAUUCGGGGCGGACAUGGUCAUCGCCAUGACGAUCAGGGGUCCAACUAUGGUGCAACGGGCGGUGGUACCUCUAGGCAUCAAGACCGGUCUAAUGGCCCGGCCAACCGCGGCCCGCGAAACAUCUCGAAUCUGCCCACUGCUCCUUAUCACAACAAAGGCCAUGAUCGCAGAGGUGGCGGAGGUGUGAGCAACCGUGGGGGAGGUGGAAUGGGAGACCGAAACUCCGGCAACAGACGCGGGGGUGGGAGGAUCAAUGGCCGCGAUGGCAAAUUCGACGAUCGACAGAACCCCGGUCGUCCGAGCCGAGGUGGCGGACCCGGUCCAAACUCGGGACCUGGUGGUGACAGGCUGGAUAAGCCUAAAAAAGAUGCUCGCCCCUCGGCUAGUCGCGCCAAGCUUGGCUGGGGUAUAGAGUUCAAAGAGUUCAACGACCGCGAGCAAAAGACUGAUGCUAAGCGCGCAGAAGAAACUCCAGCGCGACGUCCCUUGACCGAUUUCCGUAUCAAUGGAUUGGAAAUCCCCAUUCUUCCGUGGUUAUGGCGGGCUGAUACCUCUGCCGGUGUCGAUGUAAUGCACAUUAGCGCGGCAGCCGGCAAUCUCAUAGAAAACUCCCACUUGCCUCAGUCUAAUCCCGAGGACAAUUCCGGCAGGGCCACUGGAAAACAUGCCCGCGAUGAUGACGCAGACGAAGAUGACGAUAAGCCUGCACCAGGUGAUCACGACAAUCCGGCAGGUCCCAGUACGUCUUCCAAGAAACUCAAAUCCGACACGGUCGAAAUGGCCAAAAAGAUCUAUGAGGAUGCUGCAUCUGCAGUUACAGGCUUGGAUCUCGAGAAUGAAGAGACCAAUAGUGACCACGAGGACAACAAUCUGGAUCAAGAAAUUAACGACCAACUACUACCUGACUCUUCGAAGAAAACCCUCGAAUCGCGCGAGGCUGAUCCUACCAGCACCCCUGCUGUCACUGCUGAUGGCGAUCAAAAUCCCGAAGACCUUCCCCAAAAGGAGAGUAUUCCCCCCAUCGUCAUAGACGAUUCAGAGUCGCAGACCGCCGCCGCGGCUCAGCCUCCAUCCGCGGAUCAAGACCAAUCCUCCGAUCCCGUCCAUUCGGAUGCUCAACCCAGUAAUCCACCCGAACCCGAAAACAGUCGCCUGCGGAUCUAUUUUUCCACUAUUCUUGAUUCCGUCAGACCCCUCGUUGCCCCCGCAGGUCUCCCCAACAAACCUGUGGUGGCCUCUGGGUCCGGAAAGCGCAAUGUGUCCGGAGCCUCCGUCAAGAGUGCUGACACAAAGCUUGGUGGGUGCGCGCAAGUCUCUUCGCCCGUGGCGAACUUGAGUCCCUCCAAGAAAACCCCUAAAAAGGAAACCAGUUUGCAUCCCCCAUCCGCUGAGGCUGUUGUCAAAGAAUCACCCAAGCCUGAGAGCUCGGCUGCUCCGGUCAUUUCUACCCCCGAUAUCGUCGAAAUCCCUAAGCCUGAUAAUCCAAGUUCGACCAAAGAGGUCGUUGACUCGAAAGCUGAGGAUGUCAAACCAGUUAAAGAGGAGUCAGCCCCGACGGCAGGACCGUCUGGGGAGAAGCCCGCGGGAGAUGAGGUCGCCGAGACCAACGGCACCGACCCGGCCGCCAAUCUCGAAGCCGAGGACGAGAAGGACCGGCAAGCAGAGUAUGAGAGUCUCCCAGCCCCCGAACCUCAAAAUGAUCGGAUAUCGAUCUCGUAUGCUCACAACUCCCGUCGGAUAGUCAUAGAUGCUGACGUAGUUCAGAGUAUCAAAGUGUUCAGGAACGAACACAGGAUCGAGGUUUUGGUCAGGUUGAUGCCGGCUGUCAUCCAAGGCGGGAAAUUCGAUGGUGCAGUGGAUGUCUAUCGGAUCUGCAAGGGUGUACUGGUGGAGGCCUUCGAUCCAGAACUCAAAGAGUACGUAGUCAUUGAUCGUGGAACGCUAGAGGCCUCGUGGCGGGCGAAGGAAGCCCAAACGCACGAAGACAAUGGAGACAAGUCCCAAGACGUCGAGUCCCCACAGCCAAGCGAUGAUGAAAAUCCAGAGAUUUCCCACGAUCCUCUCCUUCCGCCUUUACAUCGAUUUUUCCUUUCGAACAUGGAUGGGCCCCUUUCCCGAAAAGCCCAGAAGUCACCGGAAGGCAAACCCGACGUUAAACACGGAUUCAAACAGGAAUCGUUUUUAAUUAUCGCUACGUUGGAUAGCGUCCACCCAUUCACUGAAGCGAAGUGGGUGAGGACUGGGGAUCUCGAUUCCUGGAUUUCCCAGAUGACGGGGAGGAUUUUCAGACCCGAAGACACAUCGGAAUACGGCUGGCGGCGUAAAAUUACGGUUGCUGAUCCUGAACCUCCUCCUACCAUCCAGCAUAUGCUCGAUACAUGGUUGACCACGUCCACGCUGGGGACGCUUGACAGUCGCCAACGUUUUAUUGACGGCCACUUUGGCAAAGACGCGGACAUGGUUAUGGAGAUUCUGCUCCGGAUCAUCCGCAUGGGCCAGGCCAACCUGAGCUUCGUGCCUAGCCCGGCGCCGGUAAUUCUCCAGCAAGCCAUAAGUCUCCAUGCGCCCUAUCCAGAGCAACAGACCCAGGUCUCGCUCGCUGUCCUCAGCCUCUACAGAAUCUCCCUCGAGACCGCCGUUGCCGCCGGCCGCCCCGUCGAUCAAAUCAUCAGAAGAGUCACCACUCUUAUCAGGGGUCUGCCCUACAGACUGGCCUUCGCCGCAAUUGAUGGCAUCUACAGGGACGAACAUGGCAUCCCGGACCCCAGCAAACCCCCCGAUCCAUCCACCUCUACCGAGCCUUGA